CAAGAUCCAGGAAUCCAACGUAAACAAGACAAACUAACAAACAUGACUAACGACAUAAAUGUCAUCACGACAUGACACUGAUACUGACAGAGAGAUCAUAAUACUCUGUGCCUAAUAAUUUAAUGGCCACUGCCUAACUACCCCGCGAUAGAAGCUAGCCAGGGUCACCAGAGUACAGCACAGCAGUUAAAAUGACCACACUCCUAAAUCGGGACUUCAUCAAUAAGAAGUUGACAUGGAUUGCUUAUGUCCCAGACAAAUGGGAUGUUCCUAGGGGAAAUUACUUCCAGCUAGACUUGAAAAUGUGUCAACUUACUGCACUGAAGUACAACUUCAACUGGCAUGAUGACAGAGCCCCAGUUCCCCGCAUUGCUCAGACAGUGGAUCAACCUUCCAAAAUUCUUCAUGUUGACGUCUCGGUCAACGACCUCAUCAUACUUGACUUCGAUGCAUUAAUGCCAUUCAGACAUUUGAGGAGUUUAGAUGCAUCCCUCAAUAGAAUUGAGCACACCCUUGGCCUUGAAGUCUGCACGCAUCUACGCUUCCUGAAUCUGGCACAUAACUUCAUCCGGAAAAUUGAGGGAAUAUCAGGUUGUGUGCAACUGUAUGAAGUCCAUUUUAGCAUGAAUCAGAUAGAGAGGAUUACUAACAUGCCAACAUUAGACUUUUUGACUAUCUUAUAUCUGGACCACAACCAACUGGAUUCACUUAAUGGUAUCCAGGCCCUUCUAAACCUACAGGAACUCUACAUCCAGAAGAAUAGACUUCAAACUCUUGUCCAUCUGACGGGUUGUAUUCAGCUACAGAGUAUCAAUGCAUCAGAAAACAGGUUGUUCGAUCUGAGGGAGACCAGUGAAACACUGAGGGUUUUGAAGAAGUUAGAACAUCUAAUGUUGUUGAAAAACCCAAUAGGUGGUCAUGAUCAAUAUAAGAGAGUUAUGGUUGAAUCAACAACCAUUACCUUCCUCGAUGGAGAAAAUGUUCGUCCUCAAAAUAUUAAUAGGGAUGCAACUUUCAAGGAAAAUAUUUACAACAUUGCUGACGUGGCUCGACAGGCACAUCUGGAUAAGAUUGAGACUGAAAGAGAGAAGAUGAAAGAGGAUGUACGUCUGCUCCAGAUGAGAAUCAUAGCACGUCAAGAGGAAUUCCAUGAAUAUCAAUUAAAGCUGAAGAAAGACAUGGAGUCGAGCAUACAGCAUUUGGGUCAGCUUCCAGACACAUUUCCUAAAGUCAGGGUACUUAAACCAGACUCGAUAGAGUUUAUAGAUGAUGGUGAGAAUGUGCCACUGUAUAGAGAGUCACUCCAUGAUGAUUUCUUCCCAGGACAGGCGACUCGACAUAAACCAAGACUGGAUUAUAAAAAUAUAAAGAAUCCAGAUGAGGGGCCCAAAACUGAAAAGUUGCUGCGACAUGCCUUCAAUGAGCUGAGUCGAGGCAAGGCCAAGAAGGACAGUGUGUCAAACACAGCUCGGUGAUUCUGGAUGGAAAUAACGCAAAGUUAGCAAUAACAGACAUUUUCAAAUUUGUUUUGAAUCUCACUUCAGAAUCUUGUAAGUUUUUGCCAUGAGCAAAAUUCUUCUUUGUGGCUGCACGUUUUUCAAAGCCACUAUAUUUUUUAAAAAUUUUUAACCCUUUCGCUGCAGUUGACAUGCAUAGCAUGUCAUUUACAUGGUCCCAUGUUGUGCGGGUGACAUGCAUGGCAUGUCACGCUCUUCUAAAAUAUUUAUUCACCAGCACAUGGUCGCAACCUCAGGAUUAAUUAGUUUCAUCCUAUUAGUAUAGAUGGCGACACUUUCGAAUAGUUUCGACCGUUCAGUUAUAAAGUUAGCUCCACUGUUUAUUAUUGGUAUCGACUGUCAGUACAUGGCAGCGCUGGUAAAAAAAUGGCUGCCGCAGCGGAAGGGUUAAGUGUUCAUGUUCGGGGUCAAACAAGCGUGAAAUAAGAAGAAACUUUGUGGGAAAAAUAACUUUGUUAGAUUAAGAGAAGAAUACAAAGGUACAUGAUGGAAGACGCCAUAUUGUCACAAUCAGUUCCGACGAAAGACACUGUCCCAAAGAAAGCUAAAUUCCGUGAGAGGUAUCUGAUGCACGACUACUACAGUAAGCUGGCAAUUUUUGCGGCACACAGUUAUAGGUUAUGAAACUGGUUACAAACGUCUGAGGCUAAGGUUUAUCCGUAAUUUGAGGUGAAAUUUGAGAAGAUGAUAAAAUUUAGAUAAAGCGGGCCGUGGCGGCUGGUACGAGUGCACAGGCCCGAACCAAACAUGGUUAUAAGUGACAAGGAAAGAUGGUGCCAGAUAUGUUGAACUGUAUACCCUGAAAUAUAUGUGGCCAAUUAGGCUUAACAAAAUUGCAUGCUGAUCUACCAAGUUGUGCCUAUUAUCCAUCCUCUCCCCCUUAUUGAAUGUCAGAACAGUUCUUUCUGCAUUAUUGGUAAGUCUCUGUGGAAUUCCUUCCUUUCCCACACGUCCACAUGGCAACAACACAAACAUUUCACUUGUGGGUGUUGCAGCAGACACGCACAGGAAGUCUUCGUUGGUAGUGGAAGGCCAGGUGUUUAAUAGUUAUAAUGGUUAUUGCUUGAGCGAUUAUACAAGUAUGCUGACCUCACACAAAUGCACUGUGCCUGUUGUAAAGAAAAAGGGUACCAUCAUAAAGCGAGGUUGGCAGUAUCGCUUCAGGCUGUCAUUCAAUUACUUUGUGUCGAGCAAUUUAAUUAGCCAUUCUUGGUCCUUUGGGCUGGCGCUGAAAGGAGUCAUUGGGUCAUUGAGCCAGGGGUCAUUGCGCAUUCCUAUGGUCACUUGCACUACCCCUAGUAUCAUGUUGAGCUGAAACAUAUUUGAUUGGUCAACAAAUAACAUUUGACAUGCAAAUAAGAUGUAAAAAGUGUUUUGACACUUGGCAUAUUCAUGGCCUAUUUAAUCGGCAGAAAGAUGACUUAUCAGUCUACAUAAUCAUUUACCCUAUUAUGUGAUCACAAAUUAAUAAAACUUCAUGGACAUGGAUAAUAUAUGAGCCAAUGCUGAUAUAAAAGAUCAAUUGCCUCUGCAAGAAAAUUGCGUCAUUUAGUCGGGGCCAUGCGGGCACUCCGAGCAAAAUAGAACCGAAGAAGCACGUGUUACAAUACCCAAUUGCGCGAGCGCUGUUAACAUAUUAUUUCAAAAUCCUUUUUGAUAAUUUAUUUUCAUAUCUAAGUAUAAGGCUUCUUUAUCUGUAUUCAUCCUGAUAAUUGGACAAUUUGACAAUUAGUUGGUCGGCUACAAACGAUUUUUGGUCCUGUUGAAACAGUACUGACACGUAGUGCCCGGGUCAAAGGUCAUUGUGAGAUUCUGGCGGCGAAGAGCGAUAUGAUUGGAUAUGAUGUACACGAGUAUCCAGGGUCUAGUGGUGCAGCCAUUUUAAAUGCUUAUCAAGUAGACCCCGGAUGUAGAGGUUGGUGAAAGGAGGAGACUUUAGGAUUGAUGUUCACCACCAGUAAGUCGGUGUUACAGGUUUUAGUGCAAGGUCUGAAAUGGACAAAACGGGAAAUAAGUGUUUUAAAUCGAGGGAGACAACUCAGAUAUCACUUCUUUGACAUUUUAUUUGCAGACGCUUAAAAGACGCUUAAAAUGUGCAGUCGCAUCCAACCAGCACGUACGAACCUGUGCAUGCAUUGUUUUGAAUGUUACUGAAACCCAAUGUUUAAAUCGCGAGUGCUGCGUGUAAUUGUUUUACGGCCAAUUUGAAUUUCGCGCGCGUUAGUUUGAGAUGCGCCCUCUUUUCUGCUCCGGAGUUGUGAUGUCAGCGCUUUCGCCCUUUUUGUGUGUUUUGAGAAAUGUCCUUGCGGACCUUUCGUCUUUUUCGUGGGAGUUUCUCUCUUUCGUGCUCAUGUUUUAGGCCAAGAGCAUUUAUAAACGAGGUAAAUGAUGAUGUAUAGAUCUCCCAUGCCCCAUUUGAGUAAUCGUUGUAAGCUGUGGACCUGAGAAUUUGGGCCUGUAUUGGUCGCUGUUUGUGCUCUGUCAGGCUGUUGCGAGCGCACCUCGGUGCAUGUGUCCGUGUACGGGCAGUGCAUUGUAGGUGUACUAAUGUAUGUGGAGGACGUCUCCUGGGUGAUCUCACAGCAGCGUAUUGAUUUCUCAGUGCUAAGUGAAGACAUUUUUGUAAGACCAUUUGCAUUCUUGUAUUUUCAGAAACAAUUCAAUUUGAUGAUUCAACAACAAAGAUUUAUCAAAAGUUA